UUAUAUUUAGAAAUAAGCGUUAAAUUCUGCACUGUUGAAAAUGAUUACAUGUGGUAAAAGAAAAAAACGAUGUGGUAAUUAUUUUAAUUGUUUGACGUACAGUACUCAUCAUCACGUUCUGCUUUUGGUACCGUCCAAUGUCCUUCUCUGUGUGAUCGGAAGGCCGAGGUUUGGAACCAUGCUCAAGUUUUUACCAAAACAAAUGCAUUGGUCAUUCGUCUUGGUUCCCAUGGGCUUCGUGAUAGGAUGGUACUUGGACAAUCGAGAAGAUGAGAACAUGACAAUUUUCAGGAACAAGAGUACAUUGUACAAAAGGGAGCUGAAGCCUGGUGAGACGGAAACAUGGAAGUAGACGUUUUCCUGCUUGGAAAGUCCCAUCUUCUUUGGUGUGACUGAUUCAAUGGAUUAUCCUGAACUCUCAUAAAUGAAGGGGAUUCCUGUACAUGUUCUUUCUGAGAUGCAUCAACUAAAAAAAAUAAACAUGUCCUUUCUCCUUUAA